AUGCCGAAACCGAGGUCGAGGCUGGAAUCGAGGAGGUUCUUCGAGCUACAGAUUAAGAAGAAGGUGAAGCAGCAAUAUAGGGAUGGGAAGUUUCACGAUCUCAUGUCGAAUGUAAUCGCCGAUCCGAAUACUCUAAAGGAUGCUUACGAUUGUCUCCGAGCAUCUUCGAAUGUCGAUUUGUCGUCCGAUAGCAAUCCAUUGUCGUUCGAGUUAAUGGCGGAGGAGUUAGCCGACAGGAGCUUCGACGUUUCCGGAAAUACAUAUACGAUAUCGAGCCAAGGCGCGAAAGUAAAGAAGUCGAAGCUCGUUCUUCCGGGAUUGAAAUUAUGGGUUGUUCAAGAAGCUAUUAGGAUCGUUUUGGAGGUCGUUUCCCGGCCACAUUUCUCGAAGAUUUCGCAUGGGUUUCGAAGCGGAAGGAGUCGAGUGUCGGCGUUGAAGUAUAUUCGGAGGGAGAUUUCCGACCCCGAUUGGUGGUUUACGGUUCUUGUUUGUAAGAAGCUCGACGAGCCUAUCCUUCGUAGGAUCGAAUCGUUGAUGGAGGAAAAGGUCGACGACUUAAAUUUAUUUGGGAUGAUUUGGAAGAUGUUCGGUUCGUUCGCGAAAGGAUGCGGACUUCCGCAAGAAGGGGCUCUCUCGCCGAUACUCAUGAACAUAUACCUCGAUCUUUUCGAUCGAGAGGUGUAUCGAUUAUCGAUGCGGUAUACGAUAUGCGCGCCGUGCGAGAACACGUCGCAGUCGAAGCUCUGCGGCGUUUUUCGAAGGCAGGUAAAUGGGGACGAUCGCUAG